AUGGUGGAGCACAUGGCCAUGUUCCCCGUCGACACCAUCAAGACGCGCAUGCAAGCGCUCGCCACCACCCCCGCCCCCCCCGUUCCCCCCGCACCCUCCGCACCCUCCGCCGCUUUUUCCGCCCUCCCGUCCGCAUCCCCUUCCGCGCUUUCCUCCUUCUCGUCUCUCUCCGCCUCUAGGAGCGUCCCCGCUGCCACGUCAUGCGCCUUCCAAUCCACGUGUUCAGUCGCAAAUCCAGCAUCAGCAGCAGCGCAGAGCCUGUCACAUUCGCCCACAAUCAGGAAUGCGGUUUCGUCUAUCCUUAAAACGGAAGGUGCAGCAGGCUUAUAUCGGGGAAUAGCUGCCAUGGGUCUGGGGGCCGGUCCUGCCCAUGCCGUGUACUUCGCCGUUUACGAAGCGGCGAAAGAGUCGUUACUGAGAAACAGCAGCAGUAGCGGCAGCAGCGUCUCCGAUGGUUUAGGGUUUACGUCGGCUUUAGGGGUUUCGCUGCCGCCAGCGGUCGCACAUGCGACGGCGGGCGCGCUGGCGACGGUGGCGAGCGACGCGGUGCUGACGCCGAUGGACGUGGUGAAGCAGCGCCUGCAGCUGCGGCGCAGCCCCUAUGCUGGCGUGGUGGACUGCUGCCGUAAGAUGCUGCAAGAGGGGGGAAUUCACGCCUUCUAUCGCUCCUACCGCAUCGCGCUAGUUAUGAACGUGCCCUUCACACCCGUGCUCAUCACUAGUGUGCCCCCGUGCCCUCCCCACGUGUUACAGAUGAUACAAGAGGAGGGAAUCUACUCCUUCUACCGCUCCUACCGCACCACGCUGGUCAUGAACGUGCCCUUCACAGCCGUGCACUUUGCCACGUACGAGGCCAGCAAGGCGGGCCUGGGGCGGGCGCUACCGGGGGAGGCGUUACCUGGGGAGGGCGUGCUGGACGAGGAUAGGCAGCUCACCCACGUGCUGGCGGGCGGCGCUGCUGGCGCGCUUGCCAGUGCUGUGACCAACCCGCUUGACGUUGUGAAGACCCGGCUGCAGUGCCAGGUGGGCAUGCUGGACGGGGAUAGGCUGCUCACCCACGUGCUGGCGGGCGGCGCUGCUGGCGCGCUUGCUAGUGCAGUCACCAACCUGCUUGAUGUGGUGAAGACACGCCUGCAGUGCCAGGUGGGUGGAAGGGUGUGGGCUGGGGAGGUGAGCCGUCACCAUGUCAAGCAGGUGAGUGCUGGCGCUCUUGCUAGCGCCGUGACCAACCCGCGUGAUGUGGUGAAAACGCGCCUGCACUGCCUGGGAGUGUGUGGGGUAAAGCGGCUGCAGAGUGCGUCGGUGACAGCAGCACUGAGCAGCAUAGUGAGGGAGGAGGGGUGGGGGGCGCUGCUGCGGGGCAUGCGAGCCCGCAUGCUCUUCCACACCCCCGCUGCUGCUAUUGUAUGGUCCACCUAUGAAGCUUCUAAGAACCUGCUGCGGGACUUGUGA